GCAGGGGAAACCACGUGCGUCUCUUCGCACUUCAAGAUCAAGAUGGCGGCCUCCGUGUGUCGGUGUUACGAGCUGGUCGGCAGACGAGCACUGACCCUUUGCUCACGGCCCCUGGUGUCCUUGGUUUGCCACAAAGAUGUCUAUAGGCUGCAAAGAAGCCCUGUCACAUCUGUGCAGGUGCGGUAUUCAUCUGGGCGCAAAGGUUUUCUUGGUGAGUUUGUGGAUAACCUACGGCAGGAGUUCAGCAAGAAUCAGGAGAUGAAAGAGAACAUUAAGAAGUUCAGAGAAGAGGCCAAAAGACUUGAGGAGUCAGAUGCCCUUCAACAAGCUCGCCGCAAAUAUAAAUCAAUAGAAGCUGAGACGGUGAAGACAUCAGAAGUGUUUAAGAAGACACUAGGUUCUCUGUCAGAAACUAUGAAGGAGGGUUUGGAGGAGGUGACUCGUACUGAUCUGGGAAAAAAGAUAAAGGAGGGAGUUGAGGGAGCAGCUCGCACAGCCAUUCACUCUGCAGAGUCUGUGUCUAAAGGAGGAGAGAAACUUGGCAAGUCUGGUGCAUUUAAGGCAAUCUCUCAGGGGGUAGAGGCGGUGAAGAAGGAGAUAGAUGUAGGUGAUGCUGGUCCUUACAGAGCUCCGCCCCAAUUGAGAAAGAGAACAGAGUUCUCCUCUAAAGACACAGACUUUGACUCAAAGGUUUAUGAAGCCAAUGAGGAGGCAAUGGGUGUUGUCCUACACAAGGACUCAAAAUGGUAUCAGCAAUGGAAGGACUUUAAGGACAACAAUGUAGUUUUUAACAGAUUUUUUGAAAUGAAGAUGAAAUAUGAUGAAAGUGACAAUAUGGUCAUCCGGGCAUCCAGAGCGGUAACAGACAGGGUGACAGGCUUUCUUGGUGGUCUUUUUUCAAAGACAGAAAUGUCGGAGGUGUUGACAGAGAUUGUGAAAGCUGAUCCCUCUUUUGACAAAGACACAUUCCUCAAACAGUGUGAGAAAGACAUUAUUCCAAACAUUCUCGAGGCUAUGAUCCGAGGAGAGCUGGACGUAUUAAAAGACUGGUGCUAUGAAGCUACUUACAGUCAAUUGGCCCAUCCAAUCCAGCAGGCCCGAGCAUUGGGUCUCUUGUUCCAGUCCAAAGUCUUGGACAUUGACAACAUAGAUCUGGCUAUGGGGAAAAUGAUGGACCAGGGCCCAGUGCUGAUUAUCACCUUCCAGGCUCAGGUCGUCAUGGUGAUCCGCAGCCCCAAAGGAGACAUUGUGGAGGGAGAUCCGGACAAGGUGAUGCGGAUGAUGUAUGUUUGGGCAUUGUGUCGGGACCAGGAGGAGCUCAACCCCAGUGCAGCCUGGAGACUUUUGGACAUUUCUGCCUCCAGUACGGAGCAGAUUCUUUAGGACAAGUGGGUGCUUCAAAAACAUUGACAAGCCAAUUGAAACAAGACAAGAAAUGUAAAUGUAACAACAUGCCUUGAAAGCCUACAUAGAACAUCAAACAGUUUUCCGCAUGUGGAUAGCCAUAGAUGUGCACUGAACAAAGUAACUGACCAAAUUGUCCCCAUACUUGACUGACAAUGAAAGUACGGUUAAUUCAAGUCUGUAAAUAUAUUGUAAGAAAAAAAAAAAAAGAUAAACAAGCAGCGGAGGAUUAUGAAGAAACACAGAUUAACUAUUAUAACAAUAGAGAGAUUAGGGGUGCAUUCACACUUCAUAAUCAUCUCAUAAAAAUGUGAUUACACUGGGUUCCAUAAUGUAACUUGCACUAGACCUGGACUAAACUAGGACAAAAAUGACACCGAUAAGGCAAGUGUGGGUGCAGCCCUAAUGUAAAUAUUACUGCUUAGCUAUGUAGCAAAAGAGUCACUAUGAGAAAAUAUAUUUGCCAUCAACUUUGUGAAACCUCUAAGUCAUAGGGGUAGCAUUAUAUAAUAUAUAUGCGUUAAAGUAAAUCUGAAUGAAAGUCCGCUGUUUAAUGGGACCAUUUUAUGUGUUCAAGGACUGCUUAGAAACAUGUAAAUUCAUGUUGUUGCUUUGUCAGUUAAAUUCUGUGACUAUAUGUGGAAUAUGAAUGCCUUGUGGUUAAGAUAUUAUUUAUAAGAAUUAACAUUCUUUUACUGUAUACUGUAUGUAAGUUAAAUUCCUUGCUAUAAAAUAAGGCCUUUAAAUACGGUAUGUACAUGUGUGCGAACAGUUUGCUGAAACUCUGGAAAUAAUGUAGAAUAUGUGUAUUAUUGUCCAUGUUUACUGCUUUUACUAUUCUGCAUAUUAUGUCUAAAGGAUCUCAAGGUUAAAUCCCACACAUCCCUGUCAGUAUUUGCCUCACUUUUUGUUCCCAUUAUUGGCAUAUAUAGCCUUGAGGCCGCUCAGAUGAAAAUGAAAAAUUGAUUUCCCAAAAAUAGAUUAAUUAGCAUUAACUUAUUAAAUAGAGUAGAUUAAGUUGAUAAAUUUCAUACUUGAUCAAUUUCAUACUAGAUGACAAAGUGUUGCAUCAACACAUUUAAUGCCUAAAGAUUGUACCAUCCAAAUAGAUAUCGAUCUUUGCUUUACAAAGAGAAUAAUGUUUCUUGUCUGCUACUAAAAUAUGGUAACUCAGAAUAUGAUUUGCUCUGUUCCUUCGACUCAGCAUCUUCUGUGUGGCUAUGUUGGUACUUACAGUUGAAAAUUAAGUGCUUUCUGUGUGUAGACCUUUUGUUUUCCUCAUUUCAAAUCUGGCACAUCUAGAUCGAUGCUGAUGGAUCAGAGCGUUCAGCUCCUUGAUAAAUCUAUCGAUCUCACUGUAUUGAGAUGAUAGAUCAGGCUUUAAAUAACACGUGCCUGCUCAUACUCAUACGACCCAGUAUGAAGGGGACCUCAUUCCACUCCUGUCUGCAGUGAUGAAUGACUGGGGUUGUCCCAAUACCAACUAAACCCACACUACAGUAACACAUACACCAAGUCUCUCCCCCCUUUAAUAAACCAUUUAUUUCUCUACUGAAUACAAUUGUGUAAAUAAUCACAGAAACAAAGACAAUAUAAGAAUACAUUAUUUAAGCUGACCCUCCUCUCUAAAAAUGCUCAGUCACAGAUUUCCUAGGUUUGUGUAAUGGCAUGGGAGGAAUUAAACCCACAACCCCCAGAGAGGCUGUAAUGCCACGAUUAAAUCCUGUAUUAAAACUGUUGGCUACAAUCUUAUUUCAAAUAAUACAUAAACACAUUUUUUAAAACAUGAAUAAAGAAUGAAAGUGACAGAAA